ACGGGGGCAAAGUCGCUGCUGCCGGAUGGAGCUCAGCUGGUGCUGAUGGCUCAUUAAUUAUCGAGCUAAUUAAGCCCCGGGUGGGGCUCAGCUCUCUGCCACAUGAGCAGGCCCUGUGCUGCAGCUCCAGUCCCUGCCGAGGGUGCCCAGGGGGAGGUCCUGCCCUUUGGCCAGGGCCAGGCCAGCGCUGGCCGCCCGGCCAGAGUCCCCUGCCAGCACGGCUCUUGCGUCAAGGGACACGUGGGAGCCUGAGUCAGCGCUGGAGCAAAGCAGUGGGAACAGGGACAGCGCCAGCAGCCGCGGCCCGGGGGCACAGCAGGAGGAGCCCAGCCUGGCAGGAGACCCUCGGAGACCCUCGGGCACUGAUGGACGUUUCCGACAGCCCAGAGAGAAACCCCUGCUCUCCCGAGGAAGAGGACCAGCAGCUUUCCGAUGAGGAGGUCCUGAAGGAGAGCGGCUCAGAGCGGGAACUCGAUGGGGAGGGUGGCCAGGGGAGCCUCCUGGGCGAGGAGGAGGACGCAGGCAGGGCGCUGAGCCGCGGGGAAGAGGAGAACCACUCGGACGAGGAGGAUCGGCUGAGCGAGGCCAAGUCGCAGGAGUCGGACGCCAACGAGCAGAGCGUGGAGCUGAAGAGCCCCCGGCCCCGCAAGGGAGAGGAGGAAGACAGGACAAAUGACCUGGAGGUGUCCUCUGUCACCAGGGAGCUGGAUGAGCACGAGCUGGACUAUGAUGAGGAGGUUCCCGAGGAACCCAGCGCUGCUGCUGCGGAGGAGGAUGGGGAGAAAGCUGCUGGGGAGGAUGACGAGGAAGAGGAGAAAGGAGACGAUGCCCCUGAAGAUGAGAAGAAGUCCGGCAGCAAAAGCGAUGAUGAGAAGGAUGGGCAGGAUCCCCUCAAGGAGAAGAAGAAGGAAGAGGAUGAUGGGGAAAUUGAUGAUGGAGAAAUCGAUGACGAUGACUUGGAAGAAGGGGAAGUUAAAGACCCCAACGACAGGAAAGUGAGGCCACGGCCCACCUGCCGCUUCUUCAUGAAAGGACACUGCACCUGGGGCAUGAACUGCCGCUUUAUCCACCCCGGAGUGAACGACAAGGGCAAUUACUCCUUGAUCUCCAAACCUGAGCCCUUCUCCCCCAACGGGGCCCCUCCCAUCGGCCCUCACCCGCUGAUGCCGGCCAACCCCUGGGGAGGGCCAGUGGUUGAUGAGAUCUUACCUCCACCUCCUCCAGACCCUCCAACAGAAAGUGCCUGGGAGAGGGGACUGCGGCACGCUAAAGAGGUAUUAAAAAAAGCAACUAUGAGAAAAGAGCAGGAGCCUGACUUUGAGGAGAAGAGAUUCACUGUGACCAUUGGAGAGGACGAGCGGGAAUUCGACAAGGAGAACGAGUUUUUCCGGGACUGGAAUUACCGCAUCACCAGAGACGUCCGGGACCCCGCGGAGGUGGACAUCAAAGAAAACAUUAACUAUGGGCUUGAUCCCUAUGCAGAUCCCUAUUAUGACUAUGAAAUAGAGCGCUUCUGGCGUGGCGGGCAGUAUGAGAAUUUCAGGGUUCAGUACACAGACCCCGAUCCCUACCGUAACUACAGAGAAAGAGAGCGAGAACGCGAGCGGGAACGAGAGACCCGACAGCGGGAGCGGGAGCGCGAGCGGGAACGCGAGCGGGAGCGGGAGCGGCGCCAGCGGGAACGGGAGCGGGAGCGGGAACGGGAGCGAGACAAGGAGCGACAGCGACGGAAAGAAGAGUGGGAACGGGAGCGGGAACGGGUGAAGAGGGACGAGAAGGACCGGCAGCACAGGGACCGCGACAGGGACCGCGACCGGGACAGGGAGCGCGAGCGCGACAAGGACAAGGCGAAGCCGCGAUCCCCGCUGCUCCCCAGCCGCCAGCCCGAGGCGCCCAAGAAGGACAAGGAGGCCACGGCGCUGGGCAGCGCUCCGUCCAAGCGGGCGGACGAGUGGAAGGAUCCGUGGCGCCGAUCCAAAUCUCCCAAGAAGAAGCUGGGGGUGUCGGUGUCCCCCAGCCGGGCGCGGCGGCGCCGGAAAACCUCGGCUUCCUCGGCAUCCGCUUCCGGCUCCUCCAGGUCCUCUUCUCGUUCAUCCACCUACUCCGGGUCGGGCUCGUCCCGCUCGCGCUCCAGAUCCUCCUCCUACAGCUCCUACUCCAGUCGCUCCUCCAGGCACAGCUCUUUCUCAGGCAGCAGGUCCAGGUCAAGGUCCUUCUCAUCUUCUCCCUCUCCUUCUCCAACACCGUCUCCUCACAAGCCGCUGGCGAAGGCUAAAGGGGAAUUAUUGCCACCUCCUGGGAAGGGGGAAAAAGCCGUGAAGAAACUCACUGACCUGCCAGUCCCUCAGCCACUCACGAAAAUUACAACAGCGGCCCCGGAGCCAGCCAAGCCAGGGGAUAAUCGGGAAGCCAGGAGGAAGGAACGUCAGACAAGGACUCCACCCAGGAGGAGGACCAUCAGUGGCAGCAUCAGCGGCAGUGCCAGCAGCUACAGCGGGUCCAGCUCCCGGUCGAGGUCCUUGUCCCGGUCUCUCUCCAGAUCUCAUUCCAGAUCAUCCUCUGCCUCAGCCUCCCACUCUCCCUCGGGGUCAAGGAAGUCCAGGUCCCUGAGCGUGAGCAGCGUCUCCUCCGUGUCCAGUGCCUCGUCCAGCAGCAGCUCCGUGCGCAGCGCCGACUCCGAGGACAUGUACGCGGACCUGGCCAGCCCCGUGUCCUCGGCCAGCUCCCGCUCCCCCACCCCGGCCCAGCAGAAGAAAGGAAAGUCCAAAAAGGAGGACAGUGCUAAAGAGGAGAAGAGGAAACGGGAUGUGCCCGCUCAGCUCCUGAAAUCGGCCAAGCCCACCCCGGGAAGCAAAUCCCAGCAGCUGCCCCAGGGCCAGCAGCCCUCGGCACCGCCGGCGCAGCAGGGCGGCUUCAGCGGGCACAAGGAGAUCAAACUGACGCUCCUGAACAAGGCGGCUGACAAAGGAAGCAGGAAGAGAUACGAGCCGGCAGACAAGGAGAGGCCAACCUCUCCUCCAGCCAAACGGGCCAACCUGUCCCCUGACAGAGGCUCUCGCGAUAGGAAGGCGACCGGGAGGCUCUCGUCCCCCAAACAGGAGCGGCAGCGGGGCCAGAACCCGAAACCUUCCCCAGCACAGGCUGACAGGAAACGCCAGCUGUCCCCUCAGUCCAAGAGCUCCAGCAAAGUCACCAGCGUGCCGGGGAAGGGCUCGGAGCCGGGCGGCGCCGCCGCUGCCAAGGGCGGCAAAUCCAGCACCCUGUCCCGGCGGGAGGAGCUCCUCAAACAGCUCAAGGCCGUGGAAGACGCCAUCGCCCGCAAACGAGCCAAAAUCCCGGGAAAAGUAUAGUGGGCAGUGCCCCCCCGUAGUGACUGUUGAUGUUUUUAUAAAUAGAGGAAAGGAAAAAAAAAAACAAAAAAAAAAAAAACGAAAACCAACAAACGCCCCCCAAAACAACCCCCCCCCCAAAAAAAAAACCCAAAAAUACGCGGCCGCUUUGGGAUUUUGCAGUUUCCCCUCCGUCUUCGUUUUGGCCGCGGUUCUUUUUAAGAAAAACCCACCCACACACACACACACAUAAAAACAAAAAAUAAAAUUAAAAAAAAAUAUUAAGUUUUUUUUUUGUCCAGCCGGGAAAAGAGCCGCGACACGAAGGAGCGCAGAGGACUCCAGCCCCGCGGGCGCUGCCGCCGCUGCCGUGCCCCCUCUCCUGUUUGCUAGCCUCCGGUUGUUCUCUCCUAGUUAACCCCGCUGUGUGUCGAGUGUCUCCAGCGCUGCAGUUCUAGUCCCGUCGUGCCCAGAGAGCCGAAAACUGCUGCGAACUGCUGGCAACGCCCCUCGUCCCCCCCCAGGAAAGAAAAUGAUAUAUAUAUAAAUAUUCCUGCCUCAGCCCCCCUCUCCCUCCCCACCUCGGGAAUGAGCUGUCGUUUCUUUGGAGCAGGGGAUCGGUUCAGUUGAUUUCCCAGGAGCCCUGCAGGUGUUUGUGGGCAUGUCUCUCUGCCAGGAGGGUCCUUAUUUGAGUUUUCAUUUUAUU